ACAGCAUCAUGGCUGGUCUGAAGAGCUGGUCUGUUUUGAUGAUUAUACUGUACAAUUUCUGUCAAAAAUGUGUUCCGAGUGGAAUUUCAACGCAUGUUGAAAUAGCACAUAGAGCUCUGGAAUUCUUCACCACACAUGAAGGGAAUGUUGACUAUAGAGAGUUGUUGCUAAACCACCAAGAUGCAUUUCAGGCUGGGAGCAUUUAUCCUGAUGCCUUUUAUCCUACAAUCUGCAAACGUGGGAUAUACCAUGAUGUGUCUGAAGAUACUCACUGGUCACCAUUUCUUAAUGCAAGUGUUCACUACAUCAGAAGAAAUUAUCCUCAGCCUUGGGAAGAGGCUACAGAGAAGCUGGUAGCCUUCCUGUUUGGAAUUGCCUCACAUAUGGUGGCAGAUGUUAGCUGGCAUAGCCUGGGCAUCGACCAAGGAUUUUUAAAGGCCAUGGGAGAAGUUGAUUUUCAUGGUUCAUAUUCUGAAGCUCACAGUGUUGGAGAUUUUGGAGGAGAUGUACUAAGUCAGUUUGAGCUGGACUUCAGUUAUCUGGCACCAAAUUGGUAUGUACCUGUCAAAGACCUAGCCUCUAUCUAUAAGGAAUUUUAUGGAAGAGAGAUCAUAACUGAAGGCACAAUUACUGACUGUACCUACCUGCUGUUUCUUGAACUACAUGGAGAAAGGCUCGCUGUUGCCAAGCUUUUUCCAACAUAUGCUAGUAAAUCUCCAUUUCUGGUGGAAAAGUUCCAUGAGUAUUUCCUUGGAGGAGUAGAUGACAUGGCAUUCUGGACAAACAAUAUUUUUGAGCAGAUGAGCCAAAUGCUAGAGAAUGGACUCAGUGGAUGCUUCCUGCCUGAGAACCCUCUGUUUAUAAACUGUACGAGGAACCACAAGGAUAACUACAUAAGCAAAGACUCAACAAAUGAACAUCACAAGAAUACAACUUCUUUACUUCCAAAGACAUUUGAAAAGAAUAUAACGUAUACAGAGAGAGGAGUUCACUUCAAUAUACAGUCUUGGGCAACAAAUUCCCUCCGAUUCAUAAAUCGUGCUUUUGCAAGAGGUAUCUGGACAGUGAUAGCAACUACACAUCAAAAAUCCACUAAGUACAUCUCCAAGCCACUAUCUUCAUAUUUUCUUGCUUCACCAUAUGCUAGACUUGGAUGGGCAAUGAUCUCAGCUGACCUAAACCAGGAUGGAUAUGAAGAUCUGGUAGCUGGAGCACCAGGUUACAGCACACUGGGCCACAUUCAGAUAGGAAGGGUGUAUAUAGUCUAUGGCAAUCAUUCAGGUUUGCCACAAGAAGACAUGGAUCUAGAUCGGAAAGCAGACCAAGUACUAGAGGGUCAUCAGCCUUCAGGCAGAUUUGGUUCUGCAUUGGCAGUCCUGGACUUCAAUGAGGAUGGAGUGCCAGAUCUGGCGAUUGGAGCACCUUCCGUGGGAUCUCAGUUUCUCACUUACAAAGGUGCUGUAUAUGUCUAUUAUGGAACUAAGGGAAGAGGCUUGGCAUCUCAACCAAACAUGACCAUAACUUGUCAGUAUUCCUACUGUAAUCUUGGUUGGUCCCUCCUGGCAGCUGACAUUGAUGGAGAUCAAAAUGCUGAUCUGGUUGUUGGCUCUCCAUAUGCACCUGGUAAUGGGCAGCAGAGAGGAUUUGUGGCUGCAUUUUACUCUUAUUUCAACAGAACUCACCAAGGACGUCUGUCUGUAGAGGAUGCCAACUGGAUGGUGAAUGGGGAAGAAAACUAUGCUUGGUUUGGAUUUUCACUUCAUAGCUGCCAACUGGAGAAUGCAACAUUACUGCUGAUUGGUAGCCCUACAUGGAAGAAUUGUGUUGAGUGCAAUCCAUUCUCAUCGGAUGUCAGACAGAGUGUCGGGAAAGUGUAUGGAUAUAACCCACCAAGCACAAAGCACUGGUUUACAAUAGCUGGAAACAAGGCAAUGGGCAGAAUGGGUUUGUCUCUGGCCAGUGGUGUGAUGUCUGUGGCUGGGAUCACCAGGACAGUUUUGGUGGUGGGUGCACCUACUACAGACAGUCUAUCUAGGAUUUCAUUUUUGUCCCCGGUGUUGCACCAAGCUGGACUAGCUCUGGUAUAUGAUCUGGCAGACAGCACCAAGCCUUCUUUGCUCAGUACAUUUAGAGGGGACAGAAGGUUUUCUCGCUUUGGAGGAGAUACAUACUUAAGUGACCUGGAUAAUGAUGGACUAGAUGAAAUGAUUGUAACAUCCCCCCUGCGAACUAACGAUAUCACCACAGUACUGUUCGGUGGGGCAGCUGGCCGUGUUUACAUUUAUAAUGGAAAUCAAACAUCUUCAGGGAAUGUGACAGACCACUGCAAAUCAUGGAUAUCUCCCUGUCCUGAGGACUGGGCACAGUAUGUCCUCAUUUCUCCUGAGGAACAAUCAAGAUUUGGAAGUUCUGUCAUCACUGUGAAAUCUGAAAAAAAGAAAGAAGUUGUAGUGGCAGCAGAGAGAAGUUCAGCGAAAGCUCGACUUGGUGGAAGGCUUUUUGUCUACUCACUCUGAACAGUCAUGGUAGUCUUUAAAACCAGGGCAAAACUGGUCUUUUAAGGAAAAAUCUCUGUAUUAUUUGUGAUACUUCCCUUAACCCCUAACAAACCAACAAAAAAACAUAACAGCGAACUUCAGUAGAUACAUGGUACAGUUAGCUAGGUAGCAUCCUACAGGGAUGCUCACUGAUCUUAAAUGAUGGCAAAUUUUCCCAGGUGAACUACCAAAACAACUUUUUGUUGUGAGGUUAACCAAAAGGAUUUAUUAAUCAAUGUUUAGCAGCAAACACUCUACUGCUUACUACACUAAUUAUUAAGCAAGCUUGAAAUACAUCAGAAUCUAACACAUUUUCCUUCUACAAAAUUACUGCUAGUUGGUGUCUUGAUAUCUUUUUCUCCCCUGUAGCCCCUUGAGCUACAGGGCCAAUUGUAUUUUCAUAAUUAAAUCCUAUUAUUUUUACGUUCCAUUGGUGAAGCUUAACAUAAGUUCUUUGGGCAUCUAUACUUGAGAUUAUUGAAAUUUGAGGCCCUGUACUGAAUAAAACAUUUACUGUUUGUCUUUGGGGACUGACUGGGACAUAAAUGUGAGAGUCAUCUGUAUUAUCCCAUUGUUAUGUUUCAAUUCUUUGGACAGGUAGCCCAAGUAGUAUUCAGGGCUUACUUGUUUUUUGGCUGCAGUGUUUACAGUUCCUCCUUAAGAGGUCUAAAAUGAUUAUUCACAUGGGUUUGGAAAGCAGGUUGUUGUUUGGUUUGCUUCACGUUCCCUGUUACUCCUUGUUUUUGAAAGGCCAGGUCUAGACCUAGGUAUAGCUCCAUUUGGUCAGUCCUGUAUGACUACCCAAGGUAUGCUUCAUGCAAAGGCUUUUCUCCAAAGCUUAUGCCUCUCCUAGGAACUUACAAUUUCGUAAGGGGGCUCUUGAGAUUAGGGAAGGUGUUGGGGUGUCUGUUUUACUUGUGUAACCAACCUGCAGUCUACUUGACCUCCUUCCCGCCAUGCUCCCACCGCUCCUGGCCAUGGCAUGGGACUACAACCACCUUUCCAGUUUGCUCAUCAUUGGUGACAGCAGUGUGGGCAAGAUCAGUUUGUUGUUGUGUUUUGCAGACAAUACAUUCUCAGGCAGCUACAUUAUCACAGUUGGAGUGGAUUUUAAAAUCCAGACAGUUUAGAUCAGUGGAGAGGAAGUGAAACUGUUGAUCUGGGACACAAGUGAACGAGAGCGCUUCCAAAUUAUUACAUCAAUAUAUUACUGAGGAACACAUGGGAUCAUUGUUGUCUAAGAUGUAACCAGUACAGAAUACAGUGUUUGCAUGAAAUUAAUCAAACUUGUGAUGAUGUCUGUCAUACUAGUGGGGACAAGAAUGAUGAACAACAGUGAAAAGUAGUAGACACAGAGGAUGUCUUUAAAUUUCCUGGGCAGAUGGAAAUACAAUUGUUUGAGAUCAGUGUCAAAGAAAAUACCAAUGUGGAAGAGAUGUUUAACUGCAUUACGGAGCCAGUUCUAUGAGCAGAGAAAGAUAACUUAGUAAAGCAGUAACAGCAGAAACAGAAUGUUGUGAUGAAGCUAACAAACAACAGUAAAAGGAAGAUGCAGUGCUGCUAAUGCCCUUUUCCUACUGAAGAGAUUCUGCUCUGACAGAUCAGCCCUCCCACUAUACUCAGGCAAGUCCACUGGGGACGACUUUGGAAGACUUCCUCAGUUUUGUGCCAUUAUUUAAAUAUUAUUUUUUCCCCAUGUUUUCUAUCAAGAGGCACUGGCAAACUACCACUUCAGUUCCAAGAAAGUACUGGAUGGAGUCUCACCCCUCUCCCCUCCCCUGCUUGCUCCAGUGCGCACUGUAGACAAGAAAGGACAUUGCCUACCAAGUGGUCUAAUUAACCCAAGAGUUUCUAUGUAAUGUAUACUGCUUUAAACAGCUUAGCCUCCCUGUUGUUGCUUUGGCUUAUGCCUUCUUUAUGUCAACCAAUCACAGACUAAAAAUUCCUCUUUAUAAUGAAAUAGUUCUUAAUUCAAGUUGGCUCCAGCCUGGCAGCAGCUGCUUCCUUGGGCCUCUUGCUUCAUUUUUGCUGGGCUCCAGGCUAGUAACUGUUACGCCCAGGGCAUGUAUCUUCACUUUGAGUUGUACAUUUUCAUUGGGGCAUAGGCUCUAUUUUUCUAGGUACCAGGAUUGCAAGUGUUGCUGCUGGAGCCCAAGGUUUCAUUUCUCCAGCCUCUGGCCUGGCAUCUUGUGCUGCUGCUGAGGGGGGCCUUGAGUUUCAGUUUGCCACCAUGAUCUAGAUUUGUGGCUGGGUCCUUUGAUACCACCUUCUUGUGCAGCAGCCCAGCUGUACCUGUGCUCUCCUUUAUUUUCAGCAUCAUUCCCAGGAUACUUCUAUGAGAAAGGAAGACUAUUGUUCAAUGUAAGGAAAUUGAAAGAUUCCUUGUUUGGGUUAUGCAGUGGUGGAGGAUGAUCACUGGUAACAAACUGGUCACACUGUACCCAGCAACGUUUUUCCAUGUUGGCUUUUCUGGGAAAACAAGGGUCCAGCUUACCCUAGGUCAUACCUCAUCCAGUUUCUCAACCAUGAACAAUGAUGUACUGCAUCAGUCCCACUGAAUGGGUCAGUGGUGAGACUGGCCAUUUCCACAUUUUGCUCCACAUACUGCUUCAUUUUGUCCCUUUUUGCAAUGAGGAGUGAUUUUAGAAAAGCAAGAACUCCCCCAAAUCAGUGGUUUCAUGGAUUGAGGGUCUACAGGGCAGAGAUAGGGCAAUUUCCAUGUACAUUCAUUCAUAGCCUGGAUGUAAACUGUCUUUCUAGUGGCAACAGAAAGUUUGUUUAGUGAUUGAGUUGGUGUAGUGGUGGGCUCCCCCUUUUCCUGAGGGGGGAGUGUGCUGGGCAAAUUAACUUCUGUGAGCAGCAGCAACACUUCACCUAGUACAAGCAAGCCAGUCUGAAAACUUUUUGGAGACUAAAAUGAGCAAUAGACUAAAUUUCAGCAGCCAAUUUUGUCUGUAUAAGGUAUGCUGAGUAACUGUGUCAUCUUCAGCUCUAAUUAUCAGGUCACCUUCUUUACCGGUCAAGUUUGUGCUUUCCCUUGACAGAAUUAAGAAGAAAUAGCAUGUGAUUUACAUUAUUAGCAUACUGUGAUAAAGAUGGGGAUUCUAAGACAUGAAGAGUUGCUUUCAGGAUAGUAAGCAUGAAGGAAGGGCACCUAUAAUCCAAAAAGAACAGGUAGAUGCCAAUAAGAAAGAUCUUCUCUAUCUCUAGCAAGUGUUGAGGCCCACGCUAAGAGUCUAGGUCAGCUGGGUUGUCCCCAGAAGAGGGCAAUGCAAGACUGAUUAACUUUUAGGAAAUACUUUUGCACUCAUGGCUGAAACUGUUCGGAUACCCUUUUUUAUGCUUUUGGGUAAAAUUCCAUGAGCAUGAUAACUUAGAAUUGUGCUUUUAUUGUUAACAGUAUUGCCUUCAACUUACAUUAAUGUUGUAUAAUGCAGGUUAACAGUGCGCAUCAUUCUAUUAGAAAUCUAGAGCACCAAUAUGUUAUGCUAUUAUUAACAGCAAUCCAUAGAUACGUAUGUAUCUGCAUUUUCUCUUUCUUGUCUCCUUGACAAACGCAAGGCAUUAUUCUUAAUAACACAAGUCAGUGGAAUAGCACAGAUUUCUAAAGGCCAUACUUCAAGCAGAACACAUCUCAACUUACGUUCUUAAGAAUUCUCUCUCAGGAAGGUUCUCUUAAAAAAAAAAAAAAAAAAAGAAAAGAUGACAAGGCAAACAUUAGCAAACAUUAGCCUGAUGUGUUCUGACAUCUAUUUUGGGGACCUCAUCACCCAAUAGAAAAAAUAACUACACAGCUGAGUUACUUUGAAAUCUGCACUUCAUGGAAGGCUUUAUUUUUUCUGUGUAUGAUCUCAGAGUAAUUCCAUUGCACAUCAGUGCAUUUUAGUUACUUGAAUGGUAUGAAAAUCACUAAAAGUUUGUAUAUCUCUGUAAAGAGAACAGCAGUCUUUUAAAAGAACUGUCUUUCUGUCAGUGCUUUGAUUAUGCUGCAAGUAGUUAUGCACAGGAGGAAUCAACACAUUAUACAGAAGCCUCUCUCUGCACAGAGGACAGUGCAUAGAAAGUUAAAAUGAAAACUUACAAACAGCCACAUAAAUCCUUUUCGGUUCUGGCUUAAUGCAACUAUUACUUGGAACCGUAUGCAUCCAUAUCCCAUUGCCCACUGCACUUUCUUGGGGUUUAUCAGUAACGAUGUCAGAGCCACUGUUUUUUCCACUACAAAAACUAGAUUUCUAUUUAAAAAAAUUUUGGAGUUUAGGAGUUGUGGGUUUUUUGCUUUUACAUCUCUACCCACUGCAAAAUAUUCACCCAAAACAUUUAAAAGCAUUACAAAGACCAGCAGUUUUCUCACUUUCUUAUGCUUUUUAUAUAUGUAGUUGAAGUCACACGCAGAGAAAGAACUCUUAAUAAUACUUAAUAGUAAUUAAGUACAACUAAUUUAAACAUAACUAAAAUCACAGGCUUGCAUAAUACUGACUUACGUACCCUUUCCAUUUCAGACUCAUUAGUUUUGAGUCAAACUGUUCUCAGCUACAGCUGUCUUUCCAUCUCCUGCAAGUACACCGAUUUAUCUGGUGGCACCUGUAACACCGCAUGGUACUGAGGUUAAAAAAGCCCAAACAAAAACCUAGGCAGUUAGCAACCUGACUUGGAAAGAUAUUUUUUACUUCCUCUACAGACUGAAACAAGCCAGUAGAGAGCCAUGCCCUCAGAGGACUCAAAGAUGAAUCCUAAGAAAAAGCGCAAAUAGUCUUUCAGUCCAGCAUGGGACACAGGCUAUGUUAAUGCAUACUCAAAUAGCAGCAGAUAACUACAGUCCACAUUACUAAUGGACCUGCUUUUCAAGUUAUUAAGAGUGCAUAUAGCUUGGACUUAAAUUUUUAAGUAAUACCCCCAGUAAGUCACAUUUCAAAACUCACUUAGAUUAGGAUAGGCUGUAUUAUUUCUGGUUACUGUCAAAUUUGAAGCAGUGCUUCACAAAACACAUAUGCUUUUGGCUUCUGAAAAAAAUCAAUUCUCUUCAAUUAGCAGAGCUUUAAAAAUAAAUAAA